UUGCGUUCUACCCCACAAAUUCAACCGCGUCGCAUCCGUCUUGCACAUUACUCCUGAUCUUUCGCCAUGGACGAUCCAUUUGAAGAUGAGAUGCCUCAGGCGGCUCCCCCGCCUCCAAAGAAAAGAUCAUUCUUUAGUUCAGCAGCAAUAGCGAAAGUUGCUGCUCCUGCAGAACCUAUGGAUCUCUUCAGCCGUGCAAAAGAGUUACAUCCGCAAAUUUUGGCCGACGAGGAGCGCAAAAGGCAGAGAAGACUUAUGAAGUUGGAACGCAAGAGAUCCUCGACGAGUGCAGAGAUUAGUGAAAUCACACCACCUGAAGACAAGAGAAGACGGCUGUCUGCACAAGGAAAGGGUCACAACAUUUACUCCUCAGACGAGUCUCCAAACCACGACGCCGAGAGUAGUUCCCGGACUCGCAGACAAUCCUCACAUUCAUCACCUGGAAGUCGACGUUCACGGCAAGGCUCGGAUACCCACCACGUUCAAGGCUCUCCGACUUCACUAUCUGCUAGAUAUAACAAGGAGAUCAAUGCACGCAAACUACAGUCGCCGAAGUCUGCAGUAUCCACGGGUUGCAUUACACUCAGUGAUAGCGAAGAUGAGAGCCCAAAGAGAGCUGUAUUACCUGUUCGAAGACAGCCCGUUAAUCUGGACGACAGCGACGAUGACGAUCUUCCCCAACCUCCGAGGACUACAAAACCAAUUGUUGUAGAUGAUGAUCCACUUUCCGAUGAAGAAUAUCCCGAGUUGGUGGCAGCAGCCAAGGAGCGAGCAAGACUGAAAGCAGAAGAGGCAUCGAAAUCCUUGAAGGUAUUCGGAGAGCGAAACCAUGCUCCCACACAAAGUAGGGUAGAUGAACUGGAUGACAUUUUCGAAAUAGGAUCUGGCCCAGCCAAUUUAGACCCUUCGGUCGAAAUUUUUAUUACUUCCAUGAUGGAAGGUACAACUCCACUCAGAGUUAAGAGGAAAAUAUCGCAGAAGCUAGAAGAUGUCCGAUUUGCAUGGUGUGAUCGACAAACCAUAGAUGGUGAACCUAUGGGGCCCGGCUUCAGAGAUAUUGUGUUCCUCACCUGGAAGUCCAUUCGUGUUUUCGACUACACAACAUGUACCGGCCUUGGACUGAAGGUUGACGCCCUUGGAAAUCUCGUUUCAAGUGGUAAUGGAAUGGACUCGGAUGGCCGAAUCCAUCUGGAAGCCUGGACACCCGAUGCAUUCGAUGUCUAUCAAAAGAGACAAGCAGCUAAGAAACAGAAGGAGCUAGGUUUGACUGAUGUCGACGAGAUUGAAGAGCAGGCACAAGCAAAAGCAAACAAGACUAAGCUCAUCUUCAAGUCCAAGGAUUUACCGGAUUACAAACUUAUGGUCAAAUCAUCCACCCCGAUCGAGAGAAUGGUGGAAGCUUUCAGAGGAGCAUACAAUAUACCUGACGAGAAGACAGUCACUUUAUAUUUCGACGGGGAUAAAUUGGAGCCUUCUGACACGGUUGGGGAUACCGACUUGGGUGACAUGGAUACUGUUGAAGUUCAUGUACGGUGAUCCUUAGUAUCUGGCUGAGUUGGCGUUCCUGGAGUGCAUCGGUUUUUUUAUAGAAAAAUACCUCGGAUCCGGAAUGGAUGUUAUAAAAUUGGAGAAUGGCGUGGCUAUUUGUUCUGAUCCAGGAAUGGAAUAAAAAACUAGUAAAUAUAAUUAUUGGAACACAUGGACUUCCGGGUCCUAUUGUAGAAGAUACAUGAAUUCAAUACUGAUGAAAUUGAU